AUGGGUCUCGAUAUCCUCGCCGAUCCUCUGCUGGGCCUCAACCACAAAACGGCCGGAGAUAAGAAGAACAAACAGAGAAGAUAUCUGAAGAUUGCUCUUUCCCUGCUUCUAAUUCUCGCCGGAAUUUCAGGCUAUUGCUUUAGCGACACCAUAACAGUUUUGCUGUCAAGAGAAGCUGCAAAUCACAGUCUCACCCAUGGAACAACCGUCGUCGGUGACGCGAUCGAGUCAGAGAACGGCGUCGUGGCUGCCGACGACGGCAGAUGCUCCGAGAUCGGAGCUUCUGUCCUCAGAAGAGGCGGACACGCUGUCGACGCCGCCGUCGCUAUCACCUUAUGCGUCGGUGUUGUCAAUCCAAUGUCUAGCGGAAUCGGCGGCGGUUCGUUCUUGAUCGUUACCUCGACGGAAGAUUCCAAAGCUGAGGCCUUUGACAUGAGAGAAACAGCUCCGUUAGCUUCUUCAAAGGAUAUGUACAAGAACGAUGCGAAUUCGAAAUCCGUCGGCGCAUUGUCGAUGGGAGUUCCCGGAGAGAUAGCCGGACUUCACGAGGCUUGGAAACGGUACGGCCGUCUUCCAUGGAAGCCGCUUUUCGAGCCGGCGAUUAAGCUAGCUCGAGACGGUUUCGUGGUGGCUCCGUAUCUCGGAAAAGCCAUAGCAAGCCACUCUUCGAUGAUACUCAAAGACCCUGGCUUGCGCAGCGUCUUCUCAAGAAACGGUAGCGUUUUGAAGCCAGGAGAGACUUGCUUUAACCCGGAACUUGCUCGGAGUCUGGAAGCGAUCUCCGAGCAAGGACCGGGAGCGUUUUACAACGGGACGGUUGGUGAAAAGCUCGUCAACGAUGUGAAAACGGCCGGAGGGAUCAUAACGAUGGAGGAUUUGAGAAGCUAUGAAGUGAGAGUAACGGACGCAAUGUCUGUUGAUGUGAUGGGGUAUAGGAUUCACGGAAUGCCGCCGCCGUCGAGCGGAACGGUUGGUUUUCCGAUGGUGAUGAACAUCUUGGACAGCUUCUCGGAGCUGUACUCUGCUUCCGGGAGAGACCUCGGGCUUCACCGUUUGAUUGAGGCGAUGAAACAUAUGUUUGCGGCGAGGAUGGAUCUUGGAGACCCUGAGUUCGUCGACGUGAGGAGCGGUAUGGAGAAGAUGUUAUCGAAGGCUCGCGCGGAGGAGAUUCGGAAGAGGAUUUUUGAUAACACGACGUUCCCGCCGGAGUACUAUUUGAGCCGGUGGAGCCAGCUGAGAGACCAAGGGACGAGUCAUUUCUGCAUUGUGGAUGGUGAUCGAAACACUGUGUCGAUGACUUCGACUGUGAAUUACGUUUUUGGUGCUGGAGUUUUAUCUCCUUCCACUGGGAUUGUGCUGAACAAUGAGAUGGAUGAUUUCUCUGUACCGGCGGAGAUCACUCCGGAUAAUCUUCCUCCGGCGCCGACAAAUUUCAUUGAGCCGAACAAGAGACCUUUGUCUUCCAUGACACCUCUCGUUAUCACCAAGGACGGAGAGUUGGUGGCGGUGCUAGGAGGAAGUGGGGGAAUGAAUAUAAUUCCGGCGGUGAUACAAGUGUUUCUGAAUUGCUUUGUGUUGAAGAUGAAACCUUUGGAAGCUGUAGAGAGUGCAAGAGUUUAUCAUAAGUUAGAGCCUAAUGUUGUUCGGUAUGAGAAUUUGACGGUGAUCAACGGAGCUCACAUAGGAGUUACGGAAGAGAGCAAGAGGUUUUUGGAAGAGAGAGGACAUGAGCUCAAGGAGAUAUCAGGUGGAGCUAUUGUUCAACUUAUUGUUCAGAGUUUCAAGGAAGAUCAAGAAGAGAUGAUGAUUCUUGAAACUGGAAGAAAAUUUGGGAAAGAUUUUAUUAAGAAAUCGAAACCAAUCAAGGGAUUACUCACUGCAGUUUGUGAUCCUCGUAAAGAUGGGAAACCAGCUGCAGUUUGA